CCCAAGACGUGUGAAUGGCCUGGUUUCUGCAGAGGCCAUAUCACCUAAACGCUGCAGGGCCAAAGCAAACCUUCAGAUUGACCAUGUAAUGCCUUUUAGGCUAUAAAAUAUUUCCAUGUGUAAUUCGCACUCCGACCUGAGAAAGGCAGCAAACCAGCGUCUAGUCUACCGGAACACACAAGAAAAAUAAGUGCGUUUACAUUUUCAAACAUCUUAAAGUAUGAUCCAUUUACUACGCAUUAUUUAAGACAUACAGAUAGUUAGCGACGCUUGUUCAACAGGACUUCCUGCAUUCGUUCCAAGUUACAAGCCAUGAGUUCAAACGUUUCCUUGUCAAAAGAGUUGGCGGCAGCCAUCGGUGUGACUGCAGGAGCUACAGCUGCGGGCAUCCUCCUCUUCCAGUACCUCUCCAAGGGGUCAGGGGUCAAGCCCAAGGUCAACUUGGACCUGCAGAAAGACAACCCCAAAGUGGUGCACGCUUUUGACAUCGAGGACCUCGGGGAUAAGGCGGUGUACUGCAGGUGUUGGAGAUCUAAGAAGUUUCCCUACUGUGAUGGUGCUCAUGCUAAACACAACCAGGAGACGGGGGAUAACGUCGGUCCUCUCAUCAUAAAAAGAAAAGAGGCCUGAAUCCAGUCACUCAAUCAAUCAUCCCAUCCAUGUUAUUCCAUGACUGCUGCUGACAUACUGAUGCACACAAGUGCUCUUCACUACAGAAAGGAUGACAGUGGUUGACAGUACCAUUGGUAGUUGCUCUGAAAUAUGGUGACCAAAUCCAUUUUCGGCUAUAUUUAUUUUAUUUAUUGAUUUGAAGCCACCCUUAUCACAGGACCAAGCAGUUAUCAUUUUUGUUGUUGUGGAAAAUGACUUUGUAAUCAUAAUAAUAAUAAUGGUAGAUAUUUCACUGGGGUUACCAAGGAAACAGGGGUGUGGACGUACUGUAAAGCAUAGUACCACACUGGUUGUAUAUAUUUAAUUGAGCUGUGGUAUCUGUGCUGUUCAGAAUGUUUGUUUUUGAUCAAUGUUUGCCUUUCUUUUAUACUGUAGACAUCAUCAGAGCGACAGCGUAGCCUAGUGGUUGGAACGUUGGACUAGUAACCAAAUGGUUGCAAGAUCAAAUCCCCGAGCUGACAAGGUCCAAAUCUGUCGUUCUGCCCCUGAACAAGGAAGUUAACCCACUGUUCCUAGGCCAUCAUUGAAAUUAAGAAUUUGUUCUUAACUGACUUGCCUAGUUAAAUAAAAAAUACUAAAAAAUAAAUAAAUAAACUUAUCUGUCCCAUUAUGAUGCCAUAGAGAUCGCAAUGUAUCCGUCCCAUUAUGGCACCUGUGAGUGUAUGGGCAGCGCCAGUGAGGAAAUCUCAAUUUUGAAGUAGUCCAUUUUCUUCUUCUGCUACUUCUAUGAGUUGGUCAACAAACUGAAAGGGUUCAUACUGCCCCCUAGAGGGUGUUGUCUGAACAGGUAUGAAGCCAAGGCUGGUGAUUUACUGCCACCUGGAGUUAUGGAAUGUUUGCGCACAAAUAUAAUUCAUUGGCUGAUCCCGCCUGAUGACCUUGAUGGAAUUAUCCCAUAGGAAGUCCCACCCAGUUGACUACUUAAAAAUGGUGAAAGUCCUCAAUGGCAAUGUCCAUGCUAAAACGGGCUUUUUCGGCAGUAGAGUCUUCUACCGUACUCUAUGGUUGAGUUUUUCCUGACCAUGGGACUUGAUCAGGGAUAUCUCUGUACCUUUUUAUUGCAGCUAGGGGCCCAGAGUUUUUCCAUGGUCAGGAAAAACACCUGGGGCUACUGAAGCAUCAAGGAAACGGAUGAGGUGUGACAUAUUUUUGAUUCAACUUGUGAAAUCGAUUGUAAAAUGGUGUCACGUUUCAAUGGAUUUUAGAUGAAAGGUUCUACAUCAUUCAUAUCUGCAAAUGAAGCCGUCGUAAUGAUUACCUUGUUGAUUUUUAAGUCUGUGUUAACGGUGAAUCAUGAAGUUAAACUUGUGCCAUCCAUACUACAUACCAAUUGGAUUCCUGGGUUGUGUUCAGGGGGAGAAAAAAAAACAAAAACAUGUGAUGUUGUGAAACUAGGAGGUAGCUUACUAGAGAAACACUUCCAGGUUUAGUUUUCGUUUAAAAAAAAAAAUGUUUUGCUACGUUUUGCCCUACUUAACACAGCCCUGUAGCCUACUGAAUGUUUGAGUGGCUAAAACUGAACUUGUCAAGCAGCACUUCUGGUAACUAGCUUUAAUAAUUCACUGUUCUAUGUAGUGCAGCGUUUCUCUAUCUUGGGGGACCCCAAGGCGUGCACAUUUUGGGGUUUUUGUCCUGGCACUACACAGCUUAAUCAAAUGAAUCAGCUUCACAGCAAGCUUUGACUAUUUGAAUCCGCUGUGUAGUGCUGGGCCAAAAUGUGCACUCCUUGGGUUCCCCAGGACUGAGUUGGGGGGGGUACGCUGACACUAGUAUGAGAAUGUCUACAGUCUGUGACCUUAAGAUAUCUACAAUAUGUGACUUCAUUUUAAUCAAUCAUUUAAUCAUCCAAUAAAAAAAACUAUACAAAUGUU